GAAGGUAAACAGGGAAAGUGAAAGAGAGAGAGAGAUGGAGAGCAUAGAGCACAGAACAGUGGAAGUGAAUGGUAUUAAGAUGCAUGUUGCAGAGAAAGGAGAAGGCCCAGUGGUGUUGUUCUUGCAUGGCUUCCCUGAACUCUGGUACUCCUGGCGACACCAGAUUCUGGCUCUCAGCUCCCUCGGUUACCGUGCCGUGGCCCCUGAUCUCCGAGGCUAUGGUGACACAGAAGCCCCAGCUUCAAUAACCAGCUACACAUGCUUUCACCUUGUGGGUGACAUCAUUGCACUCAUUGACACUCUGGGUGUGGACAAAGUGUUCCUUGUAGCACAUGAUUGGGGUGCCAUCAUUGGUUGGUAUCUAUGCUUGUUCCGACCAGACAGAAUCAAGGCCUAUGUUUGCCUUAGUGUCCCUUUUCGACCAUUCCUAGGAAGAAACCCUCAAGUCAAGACCGUAGAUGGUUUUCGUGCCUUAUAUGGAGAUGACUUCUACAUAUGCAGAUUUCAGGAACCAGGCACGAUGGAAGCUGAGUUUGGUCGAGUUGACUUUGCAAAUUUGUUCAAGAACAUACUUACAACACGCCAAACUGGUCCCCCAAUUUUUCCAAAAGGAGAGUAUGGAACUGGAUUUAAUCCGGAUACACCAGAGACAUUGCCCUCUUGGCUCACGGAAGAAGAUCUUGUUUAUUAUGUUACUAAAUUUGAGAAGACAGGACUCACUGGAGGGUUGAACUACUAUAGAAAUCUGAACUUAAAUUGGGAGCUCACAGCACCAUGGACUGGAGUUGGAAUCGUGGAUGUACCAGUAAAAUUCAUUACAGGUGGUGUGGACUUGGUAUACACUUCCCCAGGGAUGAAAGAUUAUAUACACAAUGGUGGUUUCAAGAAAGAUGUGCCAACUUUGGAGGAAGUGGUUGUGCAGGAAGGGGUAGCACAUUUCAACAAUCAAGAAGCAGCAGAGGAUGUGAGCAAACACAUUUAUGAGUUUAUUAAGAAGUACUGAUCUGAAUCAUUUGAUCCACAACUUAAUUGUGGAGGAGCUCCCUUUGAAAUUUAGUUGAAUAAAAUUUGACACGGACGGUAUUUUAUAGUUACGUUUGCAAGUUCUUUUGUUUUAAGCUUCAUUUGAACUCGUUUGUGCCAUGUUCUCAUUUGGAUGCUGAGUGUAAUUUGUAACCCUUGGAUUGUCAACUUGAAAUUGGAAGCC